ACGACGACGUCGGAGGAGGAGCUUUUUUCGUCGCGUUGCAACGGAGAGCUUGCCGCGUAACGUACGUUGCGCAGGUACGUAAUUUCGGGUGUAUUUUACGAGCGCGAGUUAGUCAGCUUGUCCUCUCCACCGAAUGUCCGGCACAGCAGAAGCACGCGCGCGUCCCCUAUGCAGCACGCGGAGGCGAAAGGGUUGAAGGGAGAGAAACAGCGAGGGGAUAGGUGGGAGAUAAAGCGGCAAAGAGAGGAAGGAGAGCGAUAGGAAGAGGGGCCGCGGGUGGCGGAGGUGGAGGGCGAAAGAGAAACAGAGAGAAAGGAUGAGGGAGGGAACGAAGAGGAUCGCGGGCGACGGGCGCAGGGGGGAAAAUGGGAGAGGGGGAAAGGAUUGCUGCGUGUGUUGGCAUGGACCAGUGCGUCAACGACGGUUGCCUAACACGUACGGCCAAAUUAUUGUUAGUCGCCCGAGUAGCGGGCACCACGUUUAACGUAUUUCAUUCGCGGCUCGCCGAAAACCACCUCGGAGAACCGCCUCUGGAUAAACUCCGGGAUUCGCUCGCCGAUCGAUACCCGAAACGCGGAAGAAGCCGGUUUUUGAGACGUCGUAUCCGACCUCAUCGAAAAUCUGCGGCUUGGAACGUGACGAAGGAAACGGGAAUUCGAAAAGUGUUCGAUAAUAUCGGCUAGUAAUAUGUGAUACGCACAAGUGCUACGAAUUAUUACAGUGAUUUCGAACCGGUCUUUCCGUACGAUUAAUUUUAAGUAUUCGAGCGAUCGAAACGAACGCUUAAAAUCUUCAGUGAUGACUAAUGAAAUUACUCCCCGGAAUUGAGGGUUAAUUUUCAACUCCCGAGCUACGAAGAUCGAAGAAAAAUAAAAAAAAAAAAAUGACGUAUCUUCGCCCGACCGGCUUCACGCGUCUUCCGUGAUGCGCUCUACGUGCGACGAUAAUCACGAGUGUCGGUUCGGCUCGACAGUUUUCCGACCCCUGAACGCUCGUCCCGCGACCGUUCGCUAAUCACUUGUAAAUCUGCGAUCCGAAAAAUGUCAAUUCGGAUCUUCUGACUGGCUGUCGAUCGCGCUCGGAUAUCCGGAGGGAAGGAGAAGAGGCGGAAGGAUGUUUCACCCCAUGUUCUGACUGCCUAUGGAUAUAUUCGGUCGUUGCAAUAACGUCGGUGUUGGUGCUGGUGUCGGUG